UCGGUGCAGGCCACUAUGGCGUGGGUCAAUUGCGGAUUCUGCGGGGUUUGGAACCAGUGCAAUACCAAGCUAGUUUGCGUAUCGUGUAACAACGUGCGCAAGGACACCGUUGAUAAAGCAGCGCGAGCCGAGAGCCGAGCAGCACAGGCCGAGAGGCGAGUGAAAGAUGUGGAAGCAGAUGUGGCUACGCUCCGACGGAAAGUCGGCGGGAUGCGAGACGCGGCGUUUUGCGAUGUGACACUGCAAACAUGCGAUGGAGAAGCCAUUGAAGCACAUCGAUGCAUUCUCGCAGCAUGGUCACCUGUUUUCACGACAAUGUUCAGCAGUGGCUUCCUAGAAGAGACGAAGGGCGUCGUUUCAAUACCAGAUACGGAUAGUUCUACAGUAGAGCAGCUUGUUUCGUUUAUGUAUCGUGGCGAGUUUCAUGUAGAGAGUGCAACCAUGAAGGUGAGCUGACUGAACUGAACCUUGAGCUUACUUAGCCUGAAGCUAUCAAUGGCUGCGACGCUGCAGCCUGCUUUCCCUUUUUUGCCACGUAACCCUGCCAACAGCUGUGCUUUUGUCUUCAAGCCCUCCCUGUUUCUGUGGUGCAGGAGAUCAAGCUACUCGUGGCAGCAGAUAAGUAUGAAGUUAUGGAGCUGAAGGAGCAUCUGGGCUCGAGUCUUUGCAAACACUUGAACGAUGAAAUCGUGUUUGAGUCAUUGAAAGUAGCUGAUAUGCACGGUGUGCCUCCACUGCGGCAAGCUUCUGCUGACUACAUACUCAGCAAAAUGGACCGGGCAGCAAGUGCCGUAGUUUUAAAGGUAACUUCAACAGGCACCAUUUACCCUAGAAGAAACCCAGUAGAGGGGGUAUGUUAUUGCGAGUGGAUUACUGUGCGUAUACCUUUACUUGCGUGCAGGAUAUGUUGUUUGGAAAAGACAUGGAAGGCAAGAAAUUGGCAGCUGAGCUAUUUGAGAGGGGAUGGCUCAACAACAAAUGAGAUGCACGCCUCAGUACUAUACAGGCCAGUUGCAGAGUUGGCCUACAUACUAGCUGGCUGGACACAUUUGAAUUAUUUUUGGCAAAGCAGUACCAUGCCCUGCUUGUGUCUUUUGAUCUAC